UAAGGACCUGCAGUGCAGUGCAUCGCACCGUAGCUUUGCCCCACCGGGGGUGUGUCCGUACAACAAAGUGAAAGGUGUUCCUGUCGGAGGAACGAACCCUCGUUUCGAAUUUCAGCUAAAGAAAGAAGGGGGAAUCCGAAAGCUUAUAAACCCGACGCGAUUCAACUUCUCGAUUUUCAUCAUCGUGUGGGGUUGAUCAUCAUUGCUUUUGCUUAGGUUUUGGAAUUUGAAGUGCAGAUGCAUAGUUCUUAAGCUUAACCAUUCUCUUUCUUCUUCUUCUUCUUCUAACUUUUUUUCAAAAAUUAAACUAUUGCUUAAAAGUCUGAAGUUCAAUCAAUAAUAAUAAUAGUAUAUUCUUAAAUUUCGUUGCCACUGUAUCAUGUUGCUUCAUCUUCUCAAUUAUUUUAUUGUCUAGGUUUUUGGAGCUUUGAUUUUACCUGCUAGUGUGCUCUCGUUUUGGGCCAAUAAUGUUGGACUCCUAUGAUGGCUGAUAUCCCUGUCCAGCCUAUGAGGGUGAUGGAUCACCAAUCUGGCCAGGGAUUUGAUUCAGAUGAUAGUGACCUUGAUAUACAAGUAGAAAUUAGCAGAAGACUUGGUAAAGUGGAAGAUGGAUUCCCCAAAGAUAUGGAACUUUGUGCAGGUGAAGAGGAUAAGUUUAUUGAACAAUCUGUAGCAGAUAUUUCAGCAGAUGGAGAAGCUUUAGAACCAUUCAUAGGCAUGGAGUUCAAUUCAAGAGAAGAGGCCAGAGAACUAUACAUUGCCUACGGUAGGCGGAUAGGAUUUACAGUACGAAUACACCAUAAUCGUCGUUCACGAGUAAAUAACCAGGUUAUUGGUCAAGAUUUUGUCUGCUCAAAAGAAGGCUUUCGUGCAAAAAAGUAUGUGCACAGAAAAGACAGAGUGCUUCCUCCUCCACCAGCCACCCGAGAAGGUUGUCAGGCCAUGAUAAGGUUGGCUUUGCGGGAUGGAGGGAAGUGGGUUGUCACAAAAUUUGUUAAGGAGCAUACUCAUAAGCUAAUGAGUCCUAGUAAAGUUCCAUGGCGAGGAUCUGGGAAGCACUUGGAUGAGAAAGAUAAGAGGAUCCGUGAACUGUCGCUUGAGUUGUAUAACGAAAGGCAAAAAUACAAACGACGCUGCGCUGCAUAUGAAGAACAGUUAAAUAAUAUCCUGAACUAUUUGGAAAAGCACACAGAACACAUGUCUGAAAAAGUUGCAGAUAUAGUCCGAAGUAUAAGAGAGAUUGAGGAGGAAAAAACAGAUUCAGAUAUCUGAUAAUUUGUGUCAUUUAUAGCAUGUUCAUCAAUACUCAUACACGCAGGUUAAGCUUGUAAGCCUAUUUGCCAUUUGAAGGUUUCUAACAUAAUGCUGUUAACAUUUAGAUUCUAGACGGUAUUUAGCUUGGGGUUGUGUAACAUUCAAUUUGAACUUCAAGCAGCAUAUCAGAACAGUAGCCACUUG